ACUAAAAUCAUACAAUGUUUACUGGAAUAUAAAAUCAGUUUAUUUGUUAAGUCAAACUAAUUAUUACACUAUGCUAGCAUAUAUUGUAACUUUUUCUUUUACAAACAUAUAUUCAAAUAUAAUAGAACUGCUGUUUUCGUGAGGAAUGAAAUAGGGAAUAUAUUGGUAACCAGUGGAAACUAAACAUUACAUUAUAGAAACAUUCAACACUUUUCCUGCCGGAACAGAAAGUGACCACCCCUUGACGCCAGUAAAGAGACUAGCAAGCAUGUACACCCGUGCGAUACAGUUUGACCUGGCUAAAUUUGAAGAUGUACAAAAUCCAUUUAGCAAUUUAGCAGGUUUAAUGUAAUGAAUACCGUGUAAAUUGUAGAGAGGUACCAUUUCUAUAAAUCAUUUUUGCACUUCAUUUCAACAUACACGUAAUUCAACACUAGUGUCAUACUGUUGGCAAUGGUUACAUGCAAUAUGGAAUACAUAAACAUUAAUAGUAACGUCCAUUUAAACAUUCAUUUUGACUUUCCUUUAAAUCUCUUUGCCUUGGAAAUUAUAACUGUCUAUCAUUUUGAUCAUUUCUGCCAAUUAAAGUUUAUAAUAUUGACGUUUUCGGGAGUUUUCAUAUAGACUUUCUUUAAACUUAGCAUGUUGUUAGAAUUUAAUGAUAGAAACAUUUUAAGGGAAACAAAUUCGGGGGUCGCCGUUCUUACUUCAGACUUAUCUGUCCUUGAAUCAGAAGGUUUCACUUAUUUGAGAUCAUUUCAAGGGCAGAGAACUUAUACGUAUGUUUAUAAUAUUUAUUUUUUUUUGUUAAGAAAAUAUGCAUCAACAAAUAUCAAUCUGUGGUAAUUCAAGAAAUAAAGCUUAUAUAACUUAUUAUUCAAAAACCUAUUGUUGCUAAGAGAUCACCAGAAUUUUUUCAGUUUUUCUUUUGCGAACAACAACCAUGUUAAGAAUUGUCAAACAAAGUAUGUCUAGUUACUUCUCUUGAUGUGUCAAUAUUUGUACUGUAAACAUGCAGACACUUUAUUGCAAUCAAAUAAAGUUGAUAAGCUCGAGGAGAGUGUUGAGUCAAUUAUCUAGACGCAAAAACACAAUACAUGUAUACAAAAGUUCAGAGUACACCCAAUAUUAUCUUAUAUUUUCGGUAUAACCUGGUCCGGUGUAAGAAGUACACUAUUACGGAACAAGGGAUCAAACAAAAAAAUAAACUAGAUAGUGAAUCACGACCAUGUAUGAAUGCGAUAUAUGCAAUGGUUCGUUUUCAACUCGCAACCGACUUAAAUCACAUAGAAAACAAAAACACGGGACUGUUCGGUGCUGGUGCAGGCGCAUGUUUGUUUUUGAAAAAGAGAUGGAGCAACAUAGAGAAGAUAUGGUUAAAAAUGCUAAAUUUUAUCGGUGCCCUGAUUGCUGCUUGUCUUUCCAUUCUGAGCUGGACAAACAACAUCAUUUACGAUCGUUUGAGCAUGGUUGUCCUGAAGAUUACACUAUUGAAGAACCUGCUGAGCGGACGAAACCAAAAAGGCACAGACUAAGAAGAAACAAGUCAGGUAGUGGCGAGCAUGCAUGCCAUACUUGUGUCAGAAGAUUUGCAAAAUAUAAUAGCUUACAGCAACAUCAAAAGAGUUUGGGACACCUCGCACAGAGUAUUGGAGCAAGAGAACGAGUCAGGCGUGAUUCAAACCAGGGAUAUAUAACAGUAAAUCAAAGGGACAUGACUGAUUCAAGAGAUAGAGAAGAUACUACACCAAGAAAACAAUACUUUGAUGAUUUCUAUGAGAGAAAUGUAAAAGUAGAUAAAAGUGACAUGACUAUGUCAAGAAAUAUAGUAGAUACUACACUGAACAAGUUAAUGUCCAAUGUAAGAGAUCAGCGAGGAGGCACAAUGUUUAACCCGAAUGUGAUCAAAGCUGGUAGCGUUCCCAUUAAUGCUAAAAUUGGUAAAGCCGAUGAAUUUGAUACAAAUAUUGAGCUGAACGUUAUUCCUAAAGACAUACGACAACACGGAACGGUGAACUUUGGCUAUGUUACCAAUGACGACACAGCAAGUUUGAAAGUGAAACGUGACUUAUGUUUGGAAACCAAAAUCAUUCCAGAGGGAUUUGCAACAGUAAAGGUAGAAAAAGGAAGUGUUCCAAACACCCUUCUCCAUGACAAUUAUAUCAUUCCAUGUAAAAUCAAGCAAGACCUUUUCAAUAAAAUUGAAACUGCAAAGAAAGAUCUAUCAUUAUCAAAUGUAGAUAUAAGCAGCAAAGCACAUGGUCCAGCUUUAACACUGACAAUUUACCCGGAUAGAUAUAGCGGCGUAAAACAUGAUAUAAACGUAGAUAUCACACUAUCUAUAAAAUCGGAUAUCUCCGUCACAGACCACGGAUGGCCUCGGCCAGCGACAAAAAGCUAUGGAAAAAGAAUUAAUUGAUGAGGCUAUCAAAACUGGAACACACUUGGUGCCGAAGAAGGAUCAAAUGUGGUCAAUUUCUAACUCUAAAGCCGAGAGGACAUUACUGUCGUCCAUUGAUGCCGGCAAUGGUUGUAGGAAAAAAAUAUACAAAGUGAUGAAAAAACAUGUCCAAACUUGCAAAUCACAGUCGUUAGACGGACUUCCGGAAAUAUCUUCUCAUAUUUUGAAGACGCAAAUACUUUGGUCCUGUGAGAAACAUGCAAGCAAGGAAUACUGGCACGUGAGUAAUCGUGACACAUGUCUUGUGGAGACCAUGAAAGAAAUGGAGUUAGCACUUCUUCAAGGUCAUCUUCCGGACUACUUUAAUCCGAAUUUGAACAUGCUGGAAGGGAAAAGUAUGAGCCAACUUAGAAGCGUGGCAAGUCAUUUAAGAGCAGAAUACGAAACAUUUCUUAGCAAAUAAACAACAAAAGCAAGUUUCGAAAUAUGACUUUUUUCGAUUUAGUUCUUAUAGUAAUGGGAGUUUCUCACACUAGAUAUAGUUUGCAUUCAUCAUAAACUAUUGUUUGUGUGUUGUCCGGUUAGUUGACUUAAUCUGUUGUUUAUUUAACAUAGUUUGUUUAUUUAUCUGUAUGUGCUAUAUAUGAUGUUAUCAUGUGUAGUUUAAGAGCUUGUGUUAUCAUGUGUUGUAUACCCGACGUUAUUUAAUAUAUAUAGUUCUAAAACGCUUCACAUUAUUCUCAUGUUCAAGAGACAGGACAGUCGAGUUUCAUUAUAUAGCCAAUAUAUGCACUGAUUACGUGUCGUAUGCCGUCAUUUUUUGAAUAAACCAAAUUAAUUCUCCGUUCAA